AUGAGUGUUUUUAGUGAUUUUCAAAGACUUUGGCAAGAAAAAUUUCCUGGCUCAGAUCUAUCUUCAGCAUGGAUUGAGGAUGUACAAUUAAGUUUGACUAGACAUAAGGAGAAAAUUUUGGAAUUAACAAAGGAACUAGAGCAAGAGACACUCUAUGUUGAAUAUUUAGAAAGACUUCUUAAUGAAGUCGAAAAGUAUCGAGAUAAUGGAAGUAAUCCAGCAUUGAUUUUUGAUGCAGCUACACCCACUAUUAACACAUCGAAUCGUGUAUCGAUGAAUGAAAAAAAUGGCCCCACGACAGACAACAAAGACACAGAAGAACAGCAGCAGCAGCAGAACCAAUUAAUUCGUGCUGCCUCGACACCUGCCACAGUAGAUAAUGAUGAAGAAGAGGAAGUUCGGAAAAAGGAAACGGAUGAGGUACAAUUAAGAAGGGACGGUGCACUCAAUCAAUUUAUCAACGAAUUAUCGUCCAACAUUCAUGGUCGACGAUAUAGUGAGGCACCGAGCACACAAACUGAUAAGCAGAAACAAGAGAAAGAUAGUCAUAAUGAACAUAAUAUAGUGGAGUCGAAUAGUAAUGACAGUAAUGAUGUAAUAAAAACAGAACAAAACAGCACAAUUGAAACAAUUGAUAAAGUCAGUGAUAAUUCGGUUGCCGUCGAGAGUGAACGUAAAAAGUCCGAUUUAUUAGCACAGCCGAGUCAUUUUGUCACUGUAAUUGAGGUAAAAGAGCUCGUGAGUGCUCAACCAGAAACCACAAGCUCUAGUUCCUCUAAAACAACUGUAACAACGACAACAUCCUCAUUUAAGGCCAUUCGUAGUGGUUAUGAAAAUGUGAUUAUUGAGAAUAAUAAAAGAAAUUCAAAUCUGAUAAACGAAAUGGAUCGUAACUCAAAUACCACAAGUUUUAACAGCAUGCGACCAUCACCACCAUCUAUAGCACUACUGCAGGACUCGAAAAAGAAAAUUCCACCUAGACCACCACCAAAGUUUCCAAGACGUGGAGCACCUGUUGAGCCACCAACCGUUCCGAUUCUUAGCUCAUCGCCUGGUCGAAAAGACUCUGAUAGCAGUCCAUCGAGUUCACUCGAACGUAACGUUAAGCCAUCGGAGAUAUUUCGACAAAAAUCGUCCGAUUCAUUAGACAUAAAAAGUAAAAAAGACAUAACAAAAUUUUCCAAGUCAUCUGAUCUAAUAACAGAUGAGUUUGGUAAGAAAUUGGCAAAAUCAGAAAGUCUCAAGUCGACACAAAGUUCGAGUGGAUCAUUGGGAAGUCGUGAUACAAAAUCAACAGCAUCGUUGAUGGGAAGUUUAGAGAAGAUUAAUCGUGGAGGUGGAAAUAGCGUAGGCUCAAAGGAAUCCCUUCACUCUGGUCUCACGAGUGGCGUGGCCUCGACAAAAAUUAAAAGCUUUGAAUCGAUUUCCUCACUUAGUUCCGAAAGUAAUCAAAUAAGUCAAAAUAUUGAGAAUGAACCGUACUAUGAUUCAGUUCCAAUUGAGGCAAAUGAUUCAGAAUUUCCAAUAUACGUAGCAAAUGCUUCAAAUGCGACAAAAACAAACACGAUGAAUAGUACGGGAACAACGGGAUCAUCAUCUAGUGCUGGUAGCACAUUACCGAUGAGUAAACAUCAUCUGAAUAGUCAAACGAGUGUAAUUGAGCCAGAAUCGCCGGGCAGAAACUCAAAUUAUGUCAAUAUUGAUUACUUCCUUCACAGUCAAAAUAAUAAAGAUCCUCGAAAUAGUUCAAUUGAUAGUGAUGGAGAAUUGGAUAUAAAUUCACCACCACUGUUACGUGCAAUAUCAGAUGAAGGAACGCCGGCACCAGAUCGAAGAAUUUCAAGUGGCACUCGCGGUACGAUAAUAAAUCAAAUCAUUUCGAGUAUUAUUACCAGUGAAACAUUGUAUGUUGAAUGCUUGAAUAAGAUGACACAGUACAUGAAAGCAAUUCGUGCUACAUUGACGACAUCACAGCCUGUCAUUUUGGAUGAGGACUUUCAGACUGUUUUCUUUAAAAUUGAAGAACUCAACACGUUGCACAGUAAAUUUUUAUUUGAUUUAAAAGCCAAACCAAAACCUGACAGUGACAUACAGAUUGGAGAUUUAUUUAAAAGUCUUGCUGAUAAUAUUCAGGUGUAUUGUGCGUUCUUGCAUAAUUAUGGACGGGCCGUAGAUACGGUGAAAAAAUGUAGUCUUAGCAAUCCACAAUUCAAGGAAAUUGUAUCAAAUAUCAUUCUUAAUUCAACGAAUGAACAGUCAUUAACGUUAGAAGAUUUACUACAUAAGCCUGUAGCGAGAGUUCAAAAAAAUGCAUUAGUAUUACAAGAUCUUUUACAGCACACACCAGAAUCUCAUCCUGACUAUCAGCCACUCAGGCAAGCUCACAAGAUUACAAGGAACUUUCUUUCCGAAUUUAACGUCAUCCAAACGAAGAGCUUCUCAACGACCGACGACAAAGCACUCCGACGCCUCGUGAAGAACUCCUUUAUUGUGGAACUAGCUGAUGGUCAUCGGAAGCUUCGUCACUUGUUUUUAUUUAACGAUGUUAUUGCGUGUGCAAAAUAUAAGCCUUCCGGAAGAGAAAGAUUUGAAUUUGAAUUGAAAUGGUAUAUUCCGCUCAAGGAUAUUUUCAUUGUAUCUGACGAAUCGUCGCCAACAGAGCCUAAGGAGUCAUCGCCAGUAAAUAUUGUGCAGCUGAAAUCUCAAGCAUCGACGGUUCGUGAUCAAAUAAUGAUGGAGGAUCGUGACGACAAAAAGAGCGGAUCAAGAGCCAAUGAUAAGCACAAGAAAAAAUUGGCUGACAUUGAGGCACAACUUGUUCUCGCAUCGCCAAAUUUACUAUUUAAGAUUGGCAAUAAAUCGAGUGGGAAACAAAUGACAUUCUUUUUGUCAUCCGAUUUCGAACGUACACAAUGGACUGAAUCUAUUUUAUCACUCCAAAAAUCAUGUAAUCUUCCAGGCGCAAAUGUUUCCAUUAGUGUUUAUGAACUUUCAGCAUGGAUAUCAGCAUGUCAAAAAAUAAUAAAAACUGAAAUGGGCUCAUAUUUGAUGAGAAAUAGUCGCGAUGAAAGCCUCCUUGUUGGUGAUUUACAUUUUACAGUUCAGGGUCUCGUUGGCCUUGAUCAUCCAGCCGAUCUCUAUGUCUGUAUUGAAAUUGAUUCUUAUGGACAUUACUUUAGGAAGGCAAAAACAAAAAUCAUUUGUCACAAUUCCAAUCCAAUGUGGAAUGAAAGCUUCGUGUUAGAAUUAGAGGGAAGUCAGAAUGUUAGAGUUUUAGUCUAUCAAGAUAGCGACCGACCAAUUUUAAGAGCCAAAUAUGUUCUCGAGCUAAGUCGAAUUUGGCUCAAAGACGUGAGCUUGCACAAGCCUCUAAAAAUGACAGAUGCUCUGACCUUAAACACUUUAAUGAGAUUCAUUCCUGCGGAAGUAUCGUUGAGAAGAGUUCCCACAUCAAAACCAGGCGCUCUUUUUGGUGCAAAGCUACCGACAGUGUUGAAACGAGAAAAACGGGACAUUCCAUUUAUCAUAAGUGCAUCAAUUAGGGAAGUUGAGCGACGAGGCAUGAAUGAAGUGGGAAUUUAUCGAGUUAGUGGCAGUGCCUCUGACUUGCAGAAGUUAAAGAAAUCGUUUGAGUCAAAUGCAUAUGAGGCAGAACAACUGUUGAAGGAAGUCGACAUUCAUUCAGUCACGGGAAUAUUGAAAAGUUACUUAAGGGAGCUUCCAGAAGCUCUAUUUACUGAUUCACACUAUCAAAAGUUUUUUGACACAUUUAAUCAAUUCACGAAUACAAAUGAGACGGCGAGAAUUGAAGCGCUACAGACAAUAUUCAAUGAACUUCCACAGCCAAAUAAAGCAACAAUAGGAUUAAUUUUGGAUCAUUUAAUUAGAAUAAAUCAUCACGAGGCAGAGAACAAAAUGAGUCUUCACAAUCUAGCAAUGGUAUUCGGUCCAACAUUGCUACGUCCAGGACCAUCAACGAUUAAACAAAAGGAUCUUCUUGAAUCAUCGACUGUUGAUGUGAUGGCUCAAGCUGGAAUUCUAUACUGCUUUUUACAGGCCAAAAUGAUUAAACCUUAA